AUGUCACCGUCACAAAGCCCAUCCAUCCAGCCUCACUUCAUCAACUUGAACCAAAUCGAGAUGUCUAUAAUCCAAUCCAUAAAGCAAGAAACCGAAAACCUCGGUGGACCAUGGUCGUGCAAGCUGUGUAACACCCAGUUCAUCGACAUCAUGCGGCUUGUAACUCAUCUCUUGACAUUCUGUGAUCGACAUCGUUCACUCUCUACAUUCUCGAAUGUAUCUGCAAUUCACAUUUGUAUGCUCUUGGAUGACUCUGGGUCCAUCAAGACGCUCGAAACGUACAUCCGUUUAGCUGGCAACGACACGGAUAGCGAGGCUUCUACUCAUGGCAGCGACACGGAUAGCGAGGCGUCCACCCUUAGCAACGACACAAAUAGCGACGCAUCUGAUCUUGCCGAGCUCUAUCAUGAGGGAAGCAAUGAGCCUGGGAGUGAUGGCGAGGGUGGUACUGGGCCUGUGUGGUUUGUCGAUAACCAGGAAGAGGAAGGUCUCAGGUCCACGAGCGAGGACGAGGAAAGCACUGAGCUCGUCGAUGAAGAUUCUACUUCUGAGGCACACGACGAGGAUGUGAAGAUGAACGACCCAGUCGCAAAGGGUCUUCGACUACAAAAGAAGCAAGAGUUCCCGACUACUCCCCCUGCUCAGCUAUCAGCAGAAAUGAAGGCAGAGUGGACAUUCAAGCACGAUCGCGCAAGAGAGAUCCGGGAGAUCAUGAAAACGAACCUCAAGCCCAACAGCAAACACAUCGACAGAGAUGCCGCAUUGGCCGGCUGGAACUCCACCGCCCACCCAUUCAGCUGGGAGCCAACUGCCCCCAAGACCGGGGCCUACAAGAGCUACGGCGUCCUUUCAAGCCGGUAUGCCACCCCUGAUACUGCUCCUCGCGUGGGGCGUGCUGACACACUUCCAAGGGAGAGUAAUGAUAGAAAAAGGCUUCUCGAAUUGACGGAGAAAGCGAGAAGGAAGCCGUGA